AUGUCAAUUGAUAUUGAUUGUAAAUCCAUCGAUCCAAUAAUAAUCUAUAAACAAAUUCUUAAAAAUGUUAACGAGAGAGGACGUGAAACAAUUGUAGGCAUAUCAUUACCAUUAAAGGCUUUUAAUAGUAAAUUAAAUGAAUCUGAUGACCAAUUUCGUAAUGACAAAUCAACACAAAUUGAACAAACAAAGUCAAAGAUUUUUGAAACAGUGAAGGCUAAUAACAAGAAAUACGUUGACGAUGAAUUGACUAAUUUUGUUCAACAAGAGAUCAAUACAGCUUCAGUAGAGGUCGAUCAAAAAUUUCAAAAAAUAUCUUCAAAAAUUAAUACUAACGAUAAGGUUAUUAUUGAAGAUAAAAUAAAUUCAUCGAAUGAGAAAAUAAAAGAAUUGAGUAGACAAGUUUUAGAAUUUGGUAAAAAAGUAAGAAAUUUAAUCAUUAGUAGAAAUAAAGAAAAAAGUAAAGUGGUUGAUAGCACUACUCCUAGUAGUAAAACCGUCAAUAAUAAACAAGAAGAAUCAGAAACAACCCCCAAAUCAAAAGUAGAAUCACCACAACUUUUGGUUCAAUCACCUGAUCUUGUUUUAAGAACUGGAACAGAUGAAAAGUAA